CAGUGAGAAAAGAAGAAACUGAGAUUUGUUUUUCGAUGUCCUGGCCAGUGCCACGCUUGUGAAUAACGUCCAUGCUCAAGCUUCAGCUUCAAACAAUUUGAAAGCUUCAUGCUGUGCCUCACCACACCACCUGAAAGUCUUUUACUGGGACUACUACACCCAUUUCGAACUCUAUACAGGGUCUAACACUGGGCGCCUGAUGCAAAUGUCUUGUCACAAGAGCUUCGUUGCCAAAUGACCAUCCCUUCAUAAGCAUGUGAACAGAGCUACCUAAUCCGGCAACCACCGACUUUCAAAACAUUCACAGUUCGCAUUCCUCAGCUUUUGACUCACGAAACUUGACAUUAUGCUGUAUAUGAGAUAGGACACCAGUCUUCAACUCGCAGGUUACGCAAGGUCCACAAACUACUCCAAGCCUUCGUAACACCAUGUCCCGCUCAUCCUUCUUCCGCCCUGCCUCACACGACCAAAAUCCCCUCCUACCACAAUACCUCGACAGCGAACCUGCCUCCUCGUCCUCAGAUCCCAAAGCGAUAUCGAUAUCGAUGCGAGACCUCUCUCCCGUCUCCCCCGAACCGCUCUUCCAAUCCACCUACCACGACGAAAGCGAACGAGCAGCCUCACCCUCUCCACCGCCCUCUUUCUACCGCGCACAGAACGAUGACACGGAACACAGCAGCGCGAACCUGCGUACAACCGCUAGUCUAAGUCCCUCACCAUCAAGGACGAAGGCUAGGAGGAUACAAUUCUCUGCGCCGCCUCCGCCGAUUGCAAGUACGGUCUUGCUUCCGCCGAGGAGUCCUUCGAAUUCCUCAUCGCAGGGCACGAAAUCUGGGAACGGAAGAGAGAGCGUACAUGGCACAACAUCGGGGAUUCUGGCUUCGAGGAGGGCGAGGGUAGGUGCGCCGGUUGAUCCUUUGCUUGCGCUUGAGAGGAGGGAGAAAGCUAUACAGGAUGAGCUUCAGGAGUUACUCGAUGCACAGAGCGCGGGCCUGAUCAUGGGUUUUGGUGGAGGAGGUGGGGAGACACAUGAGGGUGGAAGUGAUGCUGGCUCAAGCACGCCUACGACGAGAAGUCUGGCUAGGAGCGGUAAUACUGGGAAAGGAGGGGGAAUUGUGCCAGUUCGUCAACCGAAGAGGAAGGUUGUGGGGUUGAGAGGGGCGCGGAGAGCGUUGUUGAGGGAUAUGCGGGCCCUGGUACAAGUCAAGAAUGAGGAAAUGGAGAUACUGUCCGAAGAGAUUGAGAAGAGACAGGUUGUUCUUGCGAGAACGGACGGGUACGAGAAGAGGAUCAAGGAGAACAGACAUCAGUUAAGCGGGUACAGUGGUGCAGGAGGAGACGAUUCAGGAGAAGGAGAAGGUGGUGGAGAAGAGGCGAUGGAAAUUGCUGAGCUGCGGACAGAGGAGCGAGCAGUUGAGAACGAGAUCAGAGAAAUGGAAGAUCGGUUGGCACAAAUGAAGGCCAGGCAUCGAUGGCUCGGGGAUAGGAUACGAGAAGGUAUCAAUAGAAGAGAAGCAAGGCUGAGUAGCUAUCGUGGUGCUCUGCGAGAAGUCGAAACGGAAGCGAAGGAGUUUCUCAAAAGACCACCGAUUAGUGUCUCCAUAGUCAUGGGCAACGAAGAAGGAUUUUACGCAUUACCUGCCAAUAGAAGAACAUUGGGCAUGGCCAAGGAGUGGUGGAAUAAAGAGAUUACCUUACUGGCAGCCCGGGAAGACGAGGUCGACAAGGAGAAAUCCGCUCUCGAAGAAGGCGCGCAGACAUGGGAAGAAAGUAUUAAAGUUGUCAUGGCGUUCGAGGACGAUUUACGAACACAAAUGUCGUCAAAUGAUGCGAACAAUGUUGAUAUGCUACGAACACAAAUCGAGAAGAUGGGCAAUGUCAUACAGAGGCUUUCAGAUACAUUACAAACAGCGGAAGGUCGAGGAUGGAAUCUGCUGAUUUGUGCUAUCGGAGCAGAGCUAGAAGCUUUCAAGCAAGGAGAGGCCAUACUUCAAGGUGCCUUGGCAGCUUCGAGGGCUGAGAAUGGAGAUAGUCAUGAUGAACAAGACGACGGGCCUAGUAGCAGUCUGACGAAUGGCCUUGACGAGAUGGCAGCGCAGCCGCUGAGAAUCGAGAGUCUGGAGAGAGAAGAGGGCGAGGAUGACGGUCCAAAUUUGGCGGAAUUAAUGGUCGACAAGACAGUCGAUGAUGAUACGAGUUGAAUGCAGCGUUGUUUAUGAUACCAAGGCGAUGAUCCCAGCGUUGGCUUCGUUGUGAAAGAUCGAAGCAAAGAUUGUGCGAAUGUCCCACAUCUUCAUAAUGCUUGUUCCUGGUUUAUUUUGAGAUGUAUUUGAGAAUGUUGGACAUGGCAACAAAACAUUAUUCCAGGUCGGGUGAAUAUUUCCUGGGCAGACAUUUACUUGAUGUUAUUGUCUUAAAUUUGGCACUCACAUCAUGUUUCCGUCAAUGCGUUAUGUCCGCCCCGGCUC